AUGUUUUCCAAGUGGCAUAAAAGCGAUGCUGGUUAUUUAACUUGUGCGAAACGUCCUGGGAGUCUCGGGUACGAGUAUAAGGAUGCCAAAACAUUUGCUUCGUGGGAUGUUGACUAUUUGAAAUAUGAUAAUUGUAAUAACGACGGCACUCCUGAAUUGCAAAGAUACACUGUUAUGAGAGAUGCGCUUAAUGCUACUGGAAGACCAAUAUUUUUCAGCAUAUGUGAAUGGGGAAGAAGCAAACCAUAUUUGUGGGGACCUUCAGUUGGAAACAGUUGGAGAACAACAGGAGACAUACACCCAAAUUGGAGUUCAAUCAUUUCAAUAUUGAAAAGAAAUCAAGCCAUAACUAAAUAUUCCGGUCCAGGUGGUUGGAACGACCCUGACAUGUUACAAGUCGGCAAUGGCCGACUAACCAUCGAAGAACAAAAGGCUCAUUUCUCCCUUUGGGCUGCUUUGAAAGCUCCACUUUUACUGGGAUUUAAUGUAUGGUUGAUUAAUCCUCCAAAAGCAACUCUCGAGAUUGUCAAGAAUCAAGAAAUUAUAGCUAUAAAUCAAGAUCCACUCGGUAGAUCUAUAAAUAUUGUCGAACAAUCCAAAAAUCAUAAUAUUUGGACUGGUCCAUUGAUUGAUGGUUAUGUAGUCAUCCUUUUAAAUCUUGAUAAUUCGUCACCAAUAACCAUCUCUGUUGUUUUUUCUAAACAUAUCGGAAAAGCAAAUUCAACAUUUCUAAUUAGAGAUUUAUGGGAUCAUAAAGAUAUCGGGGUGUUCACUAACAGGUAUUCCGCAGAGGUGCCAAGUCACGGAGUAAAAGUUUUGAAAUUAACAAAAUCACAACAAGAAAAAGAAAAAAUCAAUCAAAUAGUUUUCAAUAAUUUUUAA